AUGGAGAGACGGAAUUUGUGGGAAGAGCUACAUUUGUCUAGCACUGGUGCAGAGCCUUGUUUGUUCGCUGGUGACUUUAAUAUUAUUCGGUCCGAGUUGGAACAGAAGGGAGGUAGACCACGGCCUCGUCUAGCCAUGGACGAGUUUAAUAGUUGGAUUCAUCUGGGCGGCUUGAUUGACGUGAAAUCACAGGGAUGUAAGUUUUCUUGGUGUAAUGGUCAACGAGGUUUCUCCAGAAGUUGGGCUAAAUUGGACCGGGUGCUCAUUGAUCCUAACCUUCUUACUAAAUGUCCCAACGUGACUUGCUCGUAUCUACCGAGAACCACUUCCGAUCACUGUCCUAUGUACACAGAGUUUCGUAAAGAUCCUUUUUCCUAUGGCCCCUCUCCAUUUCGGUUCCAGCAAAUGUGGGUGGAGCAUCCCGACUUUAUGGAUUUUGUUCAGAAUGUUUGGGCUGCUGUUGUUGUUGGCACGGGUCUGUUAAAACUUGCUAAUAAACUUAAGAAGCUAAAAGUGGCUUUUUGGGAAUGGAACAAGACAUUUUUUGGGAGGACUAAUGUUCAGAUUGAUGUCCUUGAAAAGAAAGUUGAGGAACUUGAGGGUAGUCUUCAAAGGGAUUGGAAUGAAGACGUCGAAAGAGAGCUUGUUUCUUCCACUGUUGACUUGUCAUCUUGGAGGCGUAGAGAAGAUACUAGAUUGGCUCAAAUGGCUAAGCUAAAGUGGAAAAUGGAAGGAGACCGAAACACUAAAUUUUUCCAUGUUUGUUUAGCUAGUAAAAGGAACAAGAGAAUUCAAGAGAUGAGACCUUUGAAUGGGGUAGAGUAUUCUUCACUGGAAGACAUUCAUCAAGGUGCCAUUAAUUAUUUUUCUGGUUUUCUUCAAAAUACCAAUCAGUCAAGAGAGCUUCCGGAUUUAUCUUAUUUAAUCUCUCCGGUUAUUGAUGAAGCAGAUAGUACCCGUAUCUGUUGCAUUCCUACUCUGGAUGAAGUUCAUGAGGCUCUUUCUUCUAUUCCUAUAAAUAGUUCACCAGCGCCGGAUCGUUUUGGUGCGGGUUUCUUUAACUGCUGCUGGGAGGUGGUGAAGAUGGAUGUCUUGUAUGCUAUUUCAGAAUUUUUUAUCUCUAAAUCUCUUCCGAGGUUCUAUACGGCUUCUUUUAUUAUGCUCAUUCCGAAGAUGGAUGCGCCUUCAGGGUUCGACAAAUUUAGGCCGAUCAGUCUUUGUUCAGUUUUCUAUAAAAUUUGCUCCAAAAUUUUACUGGCCUUCUUCCCAAGAUGA